AUGGCCACCAUGCAAAGUGUAACUGUUAAGGAUGUUGCCCCACAAGACUUCAUUGCCCACUACGCCAAGUUCUUGAAGAGAACUGGACGUGUCCACGUUCCACGUUGGGUCGAUAUCGUCAAGACUGCCACUCACAAGGAGCUCCCACCCAUCAACCCAGACUGGCUUUACGUUAGAAUCGCCGUCCUGGCCCGUAAGGUCUACCUCCGUCACGGUGAUGGUGUUGAGUGCUACAGAAAGGUUUUCGGUGGCAACAGACGUGAUGGUGUCCGUCCAAACCACUUCCACAUUGCCAACGGUGGUCUCAUCCGUUACGCAUUGAAGCAGCUGACCGCUCUGAAGGUCAUCGAGACCGAUGCCGUCAAGGGUGGACGCAGAAUCACCUCCACUGGUCGUCGUGAUCUCGACCGUAUUGCCAAGCAGGUGUACAACUUGAAGCACGGAAUCAAGAACUAA